CCGGUCUCCACCCACCGCAGCCAGUUCGACCAGAGCCGCAGGUCCACUGACAGCUGCUGCCAUCCCUGGCCGGGGCCCCUCAGCUCGCCGCCGGACAAACGUUACCGGAUAUACCCGUGGAUGAGAGCAUCAGAAUCAAACCGCAGGAGCGGGCGGCAGACGUACUCCCGGUACCAGACCCUGGAGCUGGAGAAGGAGUUCCACCUCAGCCGGUACCUGACCGGAAGGCGCAGGGUGGAGAUUGCGCGUGAAGUGGGUCUCUCAGAGAGACAGAUCAAAAUCUGGUUUCAGAACAGAAGGAUGAAGUGGAAAAAACGUCCAAAAGAUGAAUCUGCGUCGGAAACUGGGGGGACAGGGAACAGUGUCCAGACAGGGUGCGGGUCCACGGUCGAAUCCCGUCACAGUAGUAGCUCGGGUUCGGACGCAGAUGCCGCUGCAAAGUAACAGGAGAGAAAAAUAAAGAGAAUUACAUCAAUUCAGCCAAGAUGUCGCUGUCAUAUAAUUUUACAAUUACGUCAAGGUUUAAUUAGGGAGUACAUAAUAUUUAAAAUAAUUAGAUCAUAUUUACUUUUUAUUCAUCAAAAUAAACCUCAAAAAUAAAUUUAAAAAAUCCAUACAAAAGUAUUGAAGUUAUUUCAACUUAACCAUUUGUUUACCAUAGAACAUUCGCGGUUGUUCCACUAAUUUACAGCGUGUUUUCUUUAAUCCAGCUCAUACAGCCACAUGUCAUAAUGUAGGUUAAACGGGGUUGUUUUUAUAACAACACUAUUCCUUUGGAGAGGAAGAGAAAAAAAUUCCUCCUUUGACUUCAUGUAAACUACCUCGCAUUCCCACACAGUCCAAAUGCUUGUUAUAGUGUAAACAGGAAUGUGCUGGGUGUAAAUCUCCACUGUGAAAUGUUGACAACAUGAGCUACUGCCUCGGCGGUGUUUUGUUUUUUAUGUCUGAAGAAUUUGAACCAGAUUACACGCGUACUUGUGAGUACUAAUUAGGUCAAAAAUGAAAUGUAUGCGUCUUCAUGUGGGUAGCGCUGUACUUCAGAACAGGUUGUUCGUUUGGCCAGUGGAAAACGAGACAUGUUGCAUUUGUUUAUUAUUAAUUGUCAGAAUUAAUUGUGCAAAGGUGUAAACAUACAUACAUAUAUAUAUAUAUACCUUUGCACAAUUAAUAUAUAUAUUUAUAUAGAUUAAUGUCUACUGCAAAUCUGAAAUAUAAAUGGAAUUAAACAAAGUAAUAUUAGUCCAAUGGUCUGUUGUGUGUUUGUGACGUUUCGCUCUGAAAAUGAAACAUUUGACGGCGAUAAUGACGCAGUUCUUUGAAAUAUAACAAUGAUAGUUUUGAUAAUAAAACGUGGGUUGCUGUCCACCAUUAGGUUAUAUGUCAUAAAGGAGGCUGAAGUCCAUUGUGAUGGGCAGGGUAAACACUGGCUCUGGGGAAUGUGAGCUAUGAGGAUGCGAGAUGGGUCAGGCUGCAGAUGAAGGGGAAUUACUGUUGAACUCUACAUUCCCUCUUCCCUCGGUAAGAUGGCGCCUGACGGUGACCUGCCCACCCCCCGCCUCCUUCUCCUCCUCCUUCCCCCUCCCUCUCUCCCUCCCUCCCUCCCUCCUUCAGCCCAGUCCCCCCGUGUCCCAGUCCCUGCCUCAUAAAUCCGCUGUUGUUUAUGAAAAUUUACAACAGAGCCAUACAACUUUACGACUCAACUCGGCCUCUCAUUGGCCGCGGCUGGUCACAUGGCCGUGAGCCGUGAACAUGAACUUUUUUAUAUAUAAUUUCCAAUAGAGGAAUAGAGCAGCCUUUCAUUUAACGGUCUCGGGGCUUCCACGCCACGCUUUUCCUCCAGCUUUUCAACCUUUCGCCUCCCUGUGUUCCUGGCUUUUUUGGAAUUUGGAGAUUAAUAUUUUUUUUUUCCUCCACUUUUGGUCAAGUCAUAGGAGCUCGUCUUAUAUAUUA